AUGACUGAUCCAUUGACAGGCCUUUCAAGAGGAUUUGGUUUUGUUCGUUUCACGUCUGAAAUUGAUUGUGCAAGAGCUUUGGUUGAAAUGCAAGGUAUUAUUAUCCAACCUAUCACCGGUCAAGGUGGUCGUCCUCUUCGUGUUUGUCCUGCAACGCCAAAGAAUCGUUCGGCUUCCAAUCCAACGCAAAAUUCGUUGGCGUCAAAUGCAAAUGUACAGGAAAAUGGAACAGGAGGUAGUGAUGCUAACAAUACGACGGUUUUCGUUGGUGGCCUUUCUUCUCUGAUUUCUGAAGAUACUCUGAAAACAUUCUUUAUGCCAUUUGGAGAAAUCAAGUACGUGAAAAUUCCACCUGGAAAAGGAUGUGGAUUCGUUCAAUUUUUGAACAAGGCUGAUGCAGAACGUGCAAUUGACCGUAUGCAAGGAUUCCCAAUCGGAGGAGGAAGAAUUCGAUUGAGUUGGGGUCGUAGUCAAAGC